AACCUCUAUUCUGUACUUAUAUUGUUGGAAUACCCAGCUACUUGCUACUAGAUUUAUCGAUAUACCUUGUUGUCUGUUCCGGGAAACUUCUACCAAAUCCCCUCGAAUCAUGUCUCCCGAACCCAUCUGCGUAUUCUGUGCUUCAUCGCCAGGAACUAGCCCUGUUUACGAAGCAGCCGCGAGGAGCGUAGGAGAGGCCAUCGCCAAAUCGGGAAGAAAGCUCGUCUACGGCGGUGGUGUUAGGGGGAUGAUGGGCUUCGUCUCGGACGCCGCUCUUCAAGCCGGCGGUCUCGUCCACGGCAUCAUCCCUCAAGCCCUGACCGGUCGAGCGGCCGAACGAGCCGUCAGAAAGUUACGUUCUCCAACCGAAGCAGAAGCCACUCCCGAGUCAGGCGGCGGAAAGGAAGCAGAGGUAGAGGGUAGCAAGGAGGGUACAGGUGAAGAGGUUGGGACGGAUGCGAGGGUGUCAGACAGGUUUACGAGCGAAGUCGUGAAUACCAUGCACGAGCGUAAACAACGGAUGGCCGACUUGAGUCAAGGUGGCUUCAUCGUGCUUCCAGGCGGGUUCGGGACGUUCGAGGAGGUUAUGGAGAUGACGACCUGGUCUCAACUCCGGAUCCACCGGUUACCCGUCGUGGUCCUCAACGUCAACGGCUUCUACACCCCGCUGAAACAACAGAUCGAACUCGCCGUGCAAGAAGGGUUCAUCGCACCCGCCAACAUGUCGCUGAUCGAGUUUGUAGACUUGGAAGCCAGAGACGAUCCCAUGCUCGAUUGGGGUAAGAGGGGGAUGGAGGCUGUCGAGAGGUGGUCAGUCGAUGACUCGGCGGGGUAUCAGUUGAGCUGGAGUAGUGAAGAGGGAAAGCCGCUCGGUCGAAAGGCUUGAGCGAGAUGAAAUGACGUUGUAGAUAGCCAGGAUCGGUCAUUGCACGAAAAGGAAAGUUGUCAUUGCCGAGUUUCAGCAUGCCGCCGCAACGGGCGA